UGUGAUUGGUUGGAUUGGUUGAGUAUAAGCAUGAGGAGAGAGAUUGGUUGGGGUUAUCAGGAUGAACCAAUAAGAGGCAGGGAAGGCUGGGUGAGUCUUAAUAUCUCGUAAAGGAGAAAGAAGAGGAAAGUCUCCACAAAGAGCGGGAGGCGGGAGAUGAGCUCAUGUUUCAGCAUGAGGUCACUAACUGGCUAACUUAACACAACACAACUCGCAAAACACAAAGAUUGACAAUUACCCAUUGUACCAGCCGUGAAACCGCCUGGACUGGUGUGGAAAAAAUGACCAUAAUACUUAGACUGCAAGGCCUGGAUGUGAAGGCAGGUACUGAAGACAUCCGGAGCUUCUUUGAAGGCAUUCACAUUCCUGAUGGAGGAGUGUACAUAGUGGGGGGAAGCCUCAGAGAGGCUUUUAUUGCAUUCAACAGUGAAAGAGAGGCUCAGCUUGCCAUGCGGCUCACUGGGAAUCCCCUCAAAGGGUCAAAUGUGACUCUACACAUAAGCAGCAUGGAAGAGCUGGAGCAAAAACUCAAGUCACUGUUAAAGAGGAGAAGAACAGAAGAGAAGGAGAAGGAGAAACCCUCCCCCACGCUGAAGAGACCACACUUAUCUCCACAGGAACUUGUGCCACAUUCAAAUGCAUUCCCUAAUAAGAGGAAGAAACCCUCCCCCACGACGCAGAAGAGAUCUCAGUCAUCUCCCGAUGCAAAUGUGCCACCAUUGACUUCAUACCCUAAUGUGCAUAAUCCCAAUAGUGAGAAGCUGACACAGCCUCUUAGUCCUGAUGUUGCAAAUCUGCAACCUUUAAAUGCAAGCUCGCUUGAUGCAAAUACUGCCUUUCUUCUUGGGGUUUGUACUGUUCUUCAAGGUCUCCAGUCGUCCCUGCAAAGUGAAAACAAUGAGGCCAUGCAGAGAGUGCCUGAAGCUGACCGCACAGUGGCGUUUGAUGAGGUGAGGACACCAAAGCAAACUGCGGUAUCGAGGCCAGGUUACGUCAGGCUCUUCGGUCUGCCAGCCACCACCACAAAACAGGACAUCUGCCGUUUUCUAAAAGGGUUGACGGUACAGGAAGCCAUAGUGAAUGUUGAGUUAGGACGUAAAAACAUCUGCCUUGUGAAGUUUGCAAGCGCGCAGGAUGCAUGUGAUGCUCUUCGCUUCAACAAACAGUACCUGGGCCCCAUCAGUGUGGAGGUACGUGCAGCAACUGAGAAGAUGUGGACCAGCGUGCUGCAAGAAUGUGAAACCAUUUUUGAUGACGGGGAGAGAGUGAAACACAAGCGAGAUCCUCGUCUGAGAACUGAAAACCACAAAGAAAAAAAACCUUAUGCGCUGCAGGACAAAAGGCAAUCUCUCAACCGGCUGCCAUCUAUAUUACCAAAAAAGCCGAGACCUGACGGUGACUCAAUAUCUACCUCAUCACCAACUAUGGAGUACAUCGUCAUGGCCAGUAACAUACCCAAAAAUAUGACCAAGACUGACAUAAAAGAAUUGUUUGGAUGUCCAAAUAUCCCGCACACAAAUGUACUGCAUCUGCUCAACAAGGAAGGCAGCAGAACAGACACAGCUUUUCUUAUUUUCAACCGCACUGAGGAUUAUGACUAUGCAAUCAAUCUCACUGGCUGCCAUGUGGGCUCUGAUGCCAUUGAGGUCUCAUCAAUCACUAAGAAGAUGAUGUGGGACAUGAUGGCCCAAACGCGUCACAGGAGUCUUGAGCAUUGUCCGAAGACGGAUGCAAAGAAGAGACCAAAUAAAAAGUGGAAAUCAGAUCCAGUUGAGCCACCAGAAGAAGCACUGAGCACGAACCCGGGCCCAGCAGCUAGGACAUGCAUGUUUGUCAGUAACAUGCCCGCAGAUGUGCAGGAAGGUCACAUAAAAAGACUUUUCUGCAAAUACAAAGUGAGGCAGGAUGACAUCAUCUUACUGCGUGACACCGAUGGUAAAGGUAUCGGUGAGGCCGUGGUUCAGUUUGAAUCACAAAAGCUCGCUGCACUGGCAGAAACACUCCACGGUCUGGACUUCCUGGGGACACAAGUGAUUCUCACUCGCAUAAAUGUGAAGCAGAUGGAGGACAUCUUGGCAAGACAUGUUUGAGGAAGUUGGACAUCAAUGUUUCAACGCAGACACGGUGGCCAAAGACUGAUUCUGAUUUUUUUUCCGCAUCCUCCAACUGGAAUUCUGCUUGGCUGCAUCAACCUACGGACGUUUUUUUUGUUACGAAUUGUUUUGUACUCAUUAAAUGUUUUCAUCAUGCUCAAUAAUCACUGAGCAUUUCUUCACAUUCCCUCUGUGAACAUUUCAUACAUUAAAAAAAUAUAUUUUAUACCGUUAUCAACUGUCCAGUGAUGUGCUUGUAUAUGGAUUUAUAUCUGAAACGUUGGAA